AUGAAAAUUUUGCCGUUGACUUACUUUUCAUUCUUUUUAGAUCCAGUUUCAAUGACUUCUAUUUCUUCUCCUGGCGCUAAUGGCAGCAGCUAUGACGUUUUUCUAAGCUUUAGAGGCGAAGAUACUCGUUAUUCUUUUACCGAUCAUCUUUACAAAACAUUAAAACAAUCAAGAAUUGAUGCUUUUAGGGAUAACGACGAUAUCAACAGGGGUGAAGAACUGAAGCCGGAGAUCCAGAGAGCAAUCAAAGAAUCUAGGGCUUCAAUAGUUGUGUUGUUAGAGAACUAUGCAACUUCCUAUUGGUGCCUGGACGAGCUUAUGUUGAUCCUCCAACAAAAAAGGGAGCACAAUCAUUACGUUCUACCUGUUUUUUAUCACGUUGAUCCUUCUGAUGUGAGGAAACAAAAUAAAACUUUUGCAAUUGAAGUCAAAGCCUCUUCAAAGUGGACAGAUCACAACGCCUUCGCCGGAAUGGUGUUCAUAUUAUUAAAUACUAUAUCAUUGUGGGCUCUCCAUAUGCACCAAAACGCGCCAUAA